ACAAAAACGUCAGCGAGCAACUGGCGCAUAGUGAUGACGCGUGCAGGCAUGCUUGAGGUUUGCGACGCGCUUGUUAUUUUUCGUGGAGGCUUCAUUCGACUUUAGUGUUAACAGCAAACCCAAAUCUAGUGUUUUGACAAAAUGUCUUGCCACGACGAUGAAUGCUCGGAUGAUCACGGACUAGCUGGUCAAUCGAAGUUGGAGAGCUUCCUGUUUAGCUGUGAGCUAUCCUCUAAAGUGCCUUUCUACACUUUCCAAGGCGACGAAGAGGAGGACCUGGAGCACUUCCUUGAACUCAGAACAGUUUGUCUGGGAGAGGGUGCCAAGGAGGAGAGUAAUGUGGUGGAGGUAACGGCCAUGAACCACCAAGGAAAGACUAUUUCAGUGCCCAUCGCCAACCUUCACAUCAGCUGUCUGCCUAUGGUGAGUCUGGGAGAGUUUGAGCUGAAAGCGCCAGUGACCAUCCGGCUCAAGGCUGGGACAGGACCAGUUACUGUCAGCGGGUUACACCUCAUAGCCUCCCAGGUUGAAGAGUCAGACUUUUCUGAUGAGGAUGACGAAGACGACGAUGAUGAUGAUGACGAGGAGGAGGAGGAAGAGAUCACCCCCAUUAAACCAGCAAAGAAGAAGCAAAAGCAGUAGGCGGAGAAGUCACUGAUAGGUUUUUGGAAUGGCCCCACUUAGAAAUAAUUCUUUUUUUUUUUUUUUUUUUUUUUACCGGACAGACUUUUUUU